AUGAAUAAUAAGGUAAUCUUCGUUCUUCUCAUCUCCUUUGUCCUCCUCCCUCUAUACGCAUCUUCGGCAGCGCGUCUGGGUGGCUGGAUUCCUAUUACCAACAUUAAGGACCCUCAUGUGGUACAGAUUGGUGAAUUCACAGUUUCUGAAUACAACAAGCAGACCAAAUCAGGACUCAAGUUCGACUCGGUUGUUAGCGGUGAAUCUCAAGUGGUCUCUGGCUUAAAUUAUCGGCUUGUGGUAGCGGCUGAUGACUCUGGCAUGAGCAAGAACUACGAGGCAAUUGUAUGGGAGGAGCUGUGGCAAAAAUCAAUGAAUCUCACAUCUUUCACUCCUCUUCUUAAAAAUGAUCGUUUCUUCUAG